AUGAGCUCCAAUCCCUCGUUUUUCGACUAUCCUGUGCCGCGGGAGGGUCCUGCGGCGCCUUACAAGAACGAAACACAAUCGAUUCCCGUCUUCCGGGGAAUUCCAUUGGCCAUCGGCGCAACAGUAAUCCAUAACGUCGGCUUCAUCCAGAGCCACUUCUGGCGCAAUGCUGGCUUUGAUGUCAUCCGUGAAAUCCCUUACCUCCAUCAAUAUGCCGCUCGCCAUGAUCCAACCGUGAUUCCCAUCGACCAUGCCCACCGCGACGGCUCCGCACCUACGGCGGCUUCGGUAGAACGACGGAAAGGAAACAGUGGAUAUUAUACGUCGGCUGAUUACCGGGCGAUGUAUGAGUCGGGCGAGUUGACCCCGACCGCAGUCGUCGAGACGCUGCUGCCUCUGUCCCAGGCCGAUGCCAUCCGUGCGGCUGCCGACGCGUCCACGCAGCGAUACAAGCAGGGCAAGCCUCUAGGUCCGCUGGACGGCGUGCCGGUCGCCGUGAAGGAUGAGGUGCAUCUGACGGGAUACAAGCGCACGGUGGGAACGAAGCUCGAUUUCUCCGGUGGCAUUAAUGCUACUUCAUGGUGUGUUAAACAAUGGGAGGAUGCAGGAGCUAUCGUCAUUGGAAAGAGCACCAUGCACGAGCUGGGACUUGACACAAACAAUAACAACCCCAAUUAUGGGACCCCGCGCAACCCUCACAACCAAGAUUACUACUGCGGUGGUUCCUCUGGCGGAUCUGGGUACGCCGUCGGAGCUGGCCUCGUACCCAUCGCACUGGGAGCCGACGGCGGAGGCUCGAUUCGGAUCCCGUCGUCCUUCUGUGGAAUCUGGGGGCUGAAGACCUCGCACAGUCGAGUUUCCGGGGCGCCGACUUUGAGUCUUGCGGCGAGUGUUGGCGUCUACGGUCCCAUGGCGGCCAGCAUUGAUGAUCUCGCCCUCGCGUACCGCAUCAUGGCCACCCCAGCCCCCGCCACGCAGGACCCGGUUUCGUCGCAGUUCCCGCAUCCCGUGCCACCACCCGCCGACACCAAGCGCUCAAAGACGAUCGGUAUAGUCCGUGACUGGCUCGAUCGCGCCGAGCCCCCCGUGCGCAAGGUGCUGGAUGCCGCGCUGGACCACUACCGCCAGCAGGGCUACACGGUCAUUGACAUCGCGAUCCCUUACCUCCCCGAAGGCCAACGCGCACACACCCUGACUAUCAUGGCGGAGAUUGCCUCUGGCGUGGAUGAGCGCCAGAUCCGCCAGCUCACGGCCCCCAAUAAAGUCAUGGUCUCCCUGGGCAUGUACCAGAUCAACGCGCAGGAUCUGCUUGCCUCGCAGCGGCUGCGCAAUCUGCUCAUGACGCAUCUCGCGCAUCUCUUCCAGACUCACCCCGGCCUACUGAUCGUCUCACCAACCACCCCUAUUCCCGGAUGGCACAUCGACGGCGGCAAGGCCGAUCUCUCGCACGGUCUGUCUGAUGGCAAGGCCACCGUGCGCAAUAUGGAGUAUGUCUGGCUGGCCAAUUUCACCGGCUGUCCGGCUAUUAACUGUCCCGCGGGCUAUGCGAGUGACAGCGGCGUGCCGAUUGGGGUGAUGGCCAUGGGCGAAUGGGGCACCGAGGAGGAUCUGAUUGCCUUUGCUCGGGACGGGGAGUCUAUCCUGGACCGUACGGAGGAGGGCUCGACGUCUCAGGGUCUGCGCAUUCCCGCAGCGAAGGAUGCCCUGUGGGAGGAUAUCAUUGCCCUGGCUCAGAAACAUUCUGAAUAA